AAUGGAAACUAAUUUAGGGAGCAAAGUUGUAGAAUAUUUUCUUUAAGCAUUAAAGAGAAAAAUGUUAUAUUAUAAUUUAAGCAAAAAUAUUUGGUCAAAGGCAAAAGCAACGGUCAUGUGUAAGAAGGGAGUAGGGAUUGGAUGAUGAAGUUUCUCUCUCCUCAACGAACUCUCUAUUUGGGCGCGAAAUGAGGGUUGAAUAUCAGUUUUACAGUUACUAAUCUUCAGGGUUCAACAACACUCCUCCACCAAGAGUCCCACUGUUUUAGAGAGAGAAAGGCCAAGAUCGAGAUUGAUCAUAGAUUCAAAAAUAAAAAUAAAAAUAAAAAUAAUUAAAAAUAAAACCGAGAGAGAGAGAGAGAGAGAGAGAACAAUAAUAAUAAUUGUAAAAAUGGCACAAGCAUAUAGUGAGCAAAGGCCUCAAGAAACCCCAGAAUUGGAGAUGAAGGACACCACCGCUGCGGCGAGUUCUGGGUCUUUCAAAUUCAAUGCUCACGCACCCGAAUUCGUGCCAAGAAUGCAAACCCAGGUGCCCAUUUCGGGCUAUUUCUAUCCCUGUUUCCAUUUUCUUGGUGGGAGUGGUGGGUCUGAUUGGAUUUAUGUUGGGGAUCAAGAACCUAUUCAGUUGAUCUCCGAUUCCACAGUCGCGCUCCCCAACUAUUCGAAAAAUGUCCUCACUCAGGAUCUGCAUCAAAAGAUCAUUAAACAGGUUGAGUACCAGUUAAGUGACAUGAGCUUGCUCGCAAAUGAGUCUUUGUCGAAACACAUGAACAAGGACUCUGAAGGUUAUGUUCCAAUAGCUGUUAUUGCAUCUACAAAGAAAAUCAAGUCCCUUAUCAGUAAUCAUCAUUUGCUUGCCCAAGUUCUCCGGUCCUCUUCUAAUCUUGUUGUAUCCAAUGACAACAAGAAGGUUAAGCGUAAACACCUUUUCACUGAUAAAGAUAGAGAGGAACUGCAGUCGCGCACUGUUGUUGCAGAGAAUCUACCUGAAGAUCACUCACAUCAUAACCUCGAGAAAAUAUUUAGUGUGGUUGGAAGGGUGAAAACCAUCCGAAUUUGCCAUCCUCAGGAACCUAAUUCUUCCCGUUCCAAAGGCGAUUAUGUUAUCAGUAACAAGAUCCAUGCACUAGUCGAAUAUGAGACUUCUGAGAUAGCUGAUAAAGCAGUUGAGAAGUUAAAUGAUGAGAGAAACUGGAGAAAAGGCCUCCGUGUGAGGGUGCUUCUUAGAUGCUCGCCAAAGUCCGUUUUGAAGAGCAGAAAAUCAGAGUUCGAUGGGAUUUUGGACGAUUGUGAGACUCCCCAUGAAUCAGCAGAAGACUCUUCUCUGUCUCAUAUCUCAGAAUUGAUUGCUGAUAAUAAUGAUGAAGAAAAUUCAGCUGGAACAAAGAAAGGAUUUGGGCGCGGCCGUGGGAAGCCUCGACCACGCACUCAGAGUCAAAGUCACAAUGGCCGUUGCCUACUUUCCCCAUCUCCACAAUCAAGCGGAUCCUUCCAGUUUGAAGCAUCUGCUAAGCAGACUACGAAAGGGCCAAGAAUGCCUGAUGGAACAAGGGGUUUUACCAUGGGACGAGGGAAGCCACUCACUACUACUCCUGUUUUGGGCAAUUCGACAUUGGAGUAAUCGGUGAAAUAGGCUGAAAUUUUGUUUUCCAACUACUAGUCCUAGAAAAUAGCUCUACAGUUUCACAUGGUUGUGUUGACAAGUGAGAAAUCAGUUGUUUUUCCAAUAAUUAAGUUUGAACCCUCAAUUUUAACAAUAAUUCUAGAUGUAUAGGAAUUUUUGUCAAUGCUUAUGACAGUGUGGUCAUGGCUAUGUUUUGUCAUAAAUUUUUUUUUUUUUUUUUUUUUUGGGGUCUUAUAAUCCUUGUGGUUUUGGUAAUGGAAUUCCGUUUCUCUCGGCUAUUAUACAAACUGGUCCUGAUUUUUUGAUUAAUGAAAUGAGGUG